GCGCGUGGCCCUCUCUCCCCCACCCUCGCCAGUUUCCACUUCCCCCCCCUCCCCACUUGGCCUGCGGCGGUCGGGUCGGCUUCCUGCGCCGUAGCGGACGCUGCCGUUCGAAGCACAACUCCCCUUCCCCGCCCCAGUCCCAGCCCCCGUCCGGCCGCCGACGUAAAGAUGAGUAGCUCUGAGGAGGUGUCCUGGAUUUCCUGGUUCUGUGGGCUCCGUGGUAAUGAAUUCUUCUGUGAGGUGGAUGAGGACUACAUCCAGGACAAGUUUAACCUUACUGGACUCAAUGAGCAGGUGCCACACUACCGACAAGCUCUAGACAUGAUCUUGGACCUGGAGCCUGAUGAAGAGUUGGAAGACAACCCCAACCAGAGUGACCUGAUUGAACAGGCAGCGGAGAUGCUUUAUGGGUUGAUCCACGCCCGCUACAUCCUCACCAACCGAGGCAUCGCCCAAAUGUUGGAAAAGUACCAGCAGGGAGACUUUGGCUACUGUCCUCGCGUGUACUGUGAGAACCAGCCGAUGCUUCCCAUCGGCCUUUCGGACAUCCCAGGCGAGGCCAUGGUGAAACUGUACUGCCCCAAGUGCAUGGACGUGUACACACCCAAAUCAUCGAGGCACCAUCACACAGACGGCGCCUACUUCGGCACUGGUUUCCCUCACAUGCUCUUCAUGGUGCAUCCGGAGUACCGACCCAAACGACCUGCCAACCAGUUUGUACCCAGGCUCUACGGUUUCAAGAUUCAUCCAAUGGCUUACCAGCUGCAGCUCCAAGCCGCCAGCAACUUCAAGAGCCCAGUCAAGACGAUUCGCUGAUCCCCACCCACCUUCCUGUCUUCGACACCACCGGUCCUUUGCUGCCGCCCUUUCCGGAAGUCUAUGGUUUUUAGUUUCACUUAAAGGAAUUGUUACUGUGGUGGAAUAUGAAAUAAAGUGGAAGAAAAGGCCAU